AUGGCGAAUCCACGGCUCAUGCCCAUCAUCCUUCUCGCCUUGUUCGUCGGCUCUUGCUCAUCCCAUCUAGCGCCAUCAACUCUGGCGGGCCGCCGUUCUCUGCUCAUCAAACCCACUCCGUCUAAACCCGCACAAGGCCGCGACGCCACCGCUGCUGUCACCGCUCCAGUGACUCCGAAGGCUGCUUCUUUAGCGAAUGAUUCCGACUCAAGCGAGUCGAUCCCGCCGGGAGCAGUAGGCAAGGGCGCGGCGGGCAAGGGCGCGGCGGGCAAGGGCGCGGCGGGCAAGGGCGCGGCAGGCAAGGGCGCAGCAGGAAAGGGCGCUGCGGAAACUGCCGCAAAGGGCAAGGGCGCGGAAAAUAAGGGUGCGGCGGGAAAUGGCGCAGCAGGAAAGGGCGCGGCUAACAAGGUCGCACCGAAAAAUGUCAAGGUCGCACCAAACAAGGUCACAGCUAAGGGCGCGGCGGGAAAUCCCGCACCGAACAAGCGCGCUGAGAGAAAUGGUGCGGCUGGCAAGGCGACCGCGGCUAACAAGGGCGCAGCAGGCAAAGGAGGGUCCCACGUGGGAAAUGCGCAUCCAGCUGUGGGCGCGACGACUGCGCAUCACAACAACAACAACCAGCCUUCUGCGAUGAUGGGCGCGGCGAGUGCACGUCACAUCAACAACAACCAGCCUGCUGCGAUGAUGGGCGCGGCGGGCAAGGGCGGAUCAUCCCACGUGGGAAACGCGCAGCCAGCCGUGAGCGCCGCGACUGCGAGUCACGGCGCUAAGAAUCAGCCUGCUGCUGCGAUGAUGGGAGCGGCGAGCACCUUGAACAAACCUAACACGAACACACCAGGCGUGGCCGCGCCUCACAAGGCAGCUUCCCAGGACGUGACGAUCGUUCCCCAGACGCCGGCGCCAGCGCCUGCGAGUCACAGCGUCGAGAAUCCGCCUGCUGCUGCGAUGAUGGGAGCGAGCGACAAACCCGUGCGUCCUCACAUGGCGACCGCUGAGGAUGUGGCGAUCGUUCCCCGGGCGCCAGCACCGGCACCGGGAGUGGACAAGGAGGAGGAGAUGCAGGCAAAGGCGUGGAGGAAUGUGGUGGCUGAUGAUGUCGAUGAUGAGAAGGACGUCAGCGAUGACAAUGGCGAUGAUGAGGAGAAGGACGAUGACAGCGAGAAUGACGACGACCACAAUGAGAAGGAUGAUGACAAGGAUGCUUGUUGCGCGACAACGGGGAUAAUGGCAGCGGCGGCACUGGCGGGGAUAACGGCGUUCAAAACGGCAGCGGUGGCGGCGGUGGCGGAGGAGGAGGAGGAGGAGGAGGAGGAGGAGGAGGAGGAGGAGGAGGAGGAGGAGGAGGAGGAGGAGGAGGAGGAGGAGGAGGAGGAGGAGGAGGAGGAGGAGGAGGAGGAGGAGGAGGAGGAGGAGGGGGAGGGACCAUUGACAUUGGCACGAUUCUGGAACUACGAGUGCAAGCUGUGUCUGACGCUUCACAACAACGAGGGCAACUAUCUCGCGCACACACAGGGCAAGCGGCACCAGCAGAAUCUGGCCAAGCGAGCAGCCAAGGAGGCUCAGGAGGCACCGGCACUGCCCCAACCCGCUCGGCCCCGAGUGAACCCGAGAAAGACAGUGAAGAUCGGUCGACCCGGUUACCGUGUAACCAAGCAGUUCGACCCUGAGACACACCAACGCUCACUGCUCUUCCAGAUCGAGUACCCAGAGAUAGAGGACGGGGUGAAACCUCGCCACCGAUUCAUGUCUUCCUAUGAGCAGAAAUUCCCCCUCAUCCUCUUCCCCUCCAUACCUGUCGUUAGCGCCGCAGCCCCCCUGCUCUCCCCAUUCUCUCCCCAUUCUCCCCCCCUUCUCCCCCCCUUCUCCCCCCCUUCUCCCCCCAUCAUCCCCCCACCCUCCCCACACGCCCCCCCUCCACCGAGUCGAGUCGCGGGACAAGGACUUCCAGUACCUGCUGUUUGCACAGCAGCCCCCCUGCACUCCCCAUUCUCCCCACACUCUCCCCACACGCCCCCCCUCCACCGAGUCCAGUCGCGGGACAAGAACCUCCAGAACCUGCUGUUUGCACAGCACCUAUUCUCUUCCCCUGUCUUUCCCCCACUGUCCCCCGAUUCCCUCUAUUCCCCCCUCUCCCCUCUACCUGCUGGUGGGUGUUCUUUUCCGUGUUCACUAACCGACCCUCCUGCAGUUUCCCUCCCCACCUAA